CUUUGCCGGCUUGUCCCCUAGCGCCGCCGGGGCGCCGCGCAGGCCGCCGGCACCAUGAAGAUCUGGACGUCGGAGCACGUCUUUGACCACCCGUGGGAGACCGUCACCACAGCCGCGAUGCAGAAGUACCCGAACCCCAUGAACCCCAGCGUGGUCGGGGUGGACGUGCUGGACAGGCACGUGGACUCGUCGGGGAAGCUGCACAGCCACAGGCUCCUGAGCACCGAGUGGGGCCUGCCUUCUGUCGUGAAGUCGCUUAUUGGUGCAGCGAGAACCAAGACGUACGUGCAGGAACACUCGGUCGUGGAUCCUGUAGAGAAAACAAUGGAACUGAAAUCCACUAAUAUUUCAUUUACAAAUAUGGUUUCAGUAGACGAGAGACUGAUAUACAAACCACAUCCUCAGGACCCAGAAAAAACUGUCUUGACCCAGGAAGCCAUCAUCACUGUGAAGGGAGUCAGCCUGAGCAGCUACCUCGAGGGCCUCAUGGCGAGCACCAUCUCCUCGAACGCCAGUAAAGGCCGAGAAGCGAUGGAGUGGGUGAUACACAAGCUGAAUGCAGAGCUCGAGGAGCUGACGGCCUCCGCGCGGGGGAGCAUCCGGACGCCCAUGGCCGCUGCGGCCCUUGUGGAGAAAUGAGUCUGCGCGUCGCCUGGCCAGCCCUGCCGGCAGUGUAUUUAUGUGUUAGUGUAAAAAGACGACCGUGUUUUGGGUAGAUGUUUUCUAAUAAGCUGAGAACGGCAGUGCGACUGUGACCGACAGGGCAGGUGCCGGGCUCGGGCGGAGGGCCGUCUGACGAGCAUCACUUGAAGUGACCCUGUAAUCCUGGAGCCCGGCACUGGCGUGGACACCUGCACUGGGCAGAGCUGAAGGCUCACACCAGGCGCUCACCUGCUCCGGACCAGCCCGGCCACGGCACACCCGCCACUGGGCCGCCGAGGGACGCGCUCUGGGACGGUGUUGGUUCCGCACGACCUUCAGCUGCGCAAAGCCCCUUCUGUAAACCACCAUUAAAAACCAGUG